AUGGCGACAGGACCAGGAGCAGAGCAGGGCCUGGAGACCCAGAGGUGGGCACUGCCUCUGCAGCGACAGGAGGUGGGCAUUGCCUCUGCGGUGACUGGAUCCAGCACCAGUGUCCCCCUGGUGACUGGAACCAGAGGUGGGGCCCCCACUGCAAGAAAAUUCUCCGCCAUAUCUGGAUCUGGAGUACUAGCUAUGAGAGAGGCCCUCGUCAUCACCAGCUCCAGAGGUGGAGUCCCUGCUGCAACUGGACCCCCUCAGCAGGGCAGGAGCAGGAGCUGGGUCUGGUUCUGGAGCCCCUGCAAUGGAGGGAACACUUCACAAGCAGUAUUUGCUUUCAACGUUGACCCUGUGACCUGGAAGUCAUUCACUCGUCCAGACAUGGGGUUUGGGUACAGAGUGGUACAACAAGGCCCAGGAAGUCUGCUCAUAAGUGAUCCCUUGAUCCAACUAAGUAAUGAUAAAAGGGGACAGAUUUACAACUGUGACCUUGGAACAGAAAGAUGCUCUGAACUGGAUGUACGAGGUACAGCACCCGGAGAAGCAAUUAACAUGUCCCUGGGGCUUUCCAUGACUACUGAUGAGACAUUUUCAGCAACGCUGGUUUGUGGUCCAACCAUUCCCAAAAGUUGUGAAUAUAUCACUACCUACGGUGGGAUGUGCUUCAGGAUCAAUGCAAACAAAGCGAAUGGACCUGUCCCAAAGGCCCUGAGAGACUGUCCAAUACGGCAGACAGAUAUUGCUUUUCUUUUGGAUGGCUCAGGAAGUGUUGUUGACAGAGAUUUCGAAAUCAUGAAGAACUUUGUGAAAACUCUGAUAAGAGACUUACUCAGUCGAAAUACUCAGUUUGCAGUUGCGCAAUAUUCACUGUCCUGUAAUAUUCACAUACACUUUAGAGAUUUCCAAAGAAAUCGGUGGGAAUCGCAGGUGGAUUCUAUAAGUCAGCAAAGAGGAGGGACAUACACUGCAGCAGCUAUUAAUAAAGUCGUGUAUGAUGUGUUUAAUACUAAAAAUGGGGCACGACCAAAUGCCAACAGAGUCUUGCUUGUCAUCACAGACGGAAGAUCCCAUGAUAGUGGUGGUCUUGCAGCAGCUGCUAAAAAUGCAGAGAGGGAACAUAUAAGACGAUAUGCUAUUGGGGUUGGUAAUGCUUUUAAUGUAGUUAGCGCAAAAAAGGAGCUGGAAACUAUUGCAUCUGCACCACCCAGUGACUACGUGUUUCAAGUGAACAACUUUGGGGCAUUGGAGCAAAUUCGCAAAACUCUCCAAGAAAACAUCAUUGCCAUCGAAGGGACCCAGACUUCAGGUGAUGCCACUAAUAUGGAAUUAGCGCAGGAUGGAUUCAGUUCUGCGUUCAUUUCUACAUCUCAAGGGGGAAACAUUGUACUGGGCACAGUAGGUGCUUUCGGAUGGAAAGGGGGAUACCAGGAAUACACAUCUACAGGAGAAGCCAAAUUAUUUCAGAAGGGCUCUAACAUGGAGCCUGAUAGUUAUUUGGGUUAUUCCAUGGCUGUGGCAAAAACUCAUGGUAGGAAUUUUCUGAUUCUGGGGGCUCCAAGAUACAACCAUAAGGGACGAGUGCUAAUUUCCAGCCUUGAUGGCAGACAGCAGCAAGAGCUGAAUCCUCAAGAGCCCCAGAUUGGUUCCUAUUACGGAGCUGAAGUUUGCGUUGUGGACCUCAACUCUGACUCAGACACAGACUCGAUACUGAUUUCCGCUCCAAUGUACAAAGGGAAUGACCAGGAGGGCAAAGUCUUUGUAUACACCUUUUUCUCAGCAAAGUUUAAAGUGGUUCUAAUGGGCAUUUCUGGAGAAAGAGGGAGGUUUGGUUCUUCACUGGCUAGCCUAGCAGACCUGAAUGGUGACGGGCAAAGUGAUGUGGCAGUGGGGGCACCUUUAGAAAAUAAUGGACUUGGCAGCGUCUACAUAUUCAACGGACAAAGAGGUGGAAUAAACCCUACCUAUUCACAGAGAAUAUUGGGCUCAUCUGAGAAGCGAGGUUUGCAGUUCUUCGGGCUUUCUUUGAGUCAGUCUUCUCGGGACCAGAGCAACGAUGGUUUGCCAGACAUUGCUGUUGGAGCCAAAGGAACAGUUCUUCUUCUCAGGAGCAGACCUGUUGUGUCCCUGACAACAAAAAUGUCCUACGAUCCACCUUUAGUGUCCACUAAAGACACAGACUGCACUAAGGAACAGGAGAUUACUCUGCAAGUUUGCUUCACCAUUAGAGGAAACAACGUUAGAUCGAAAGAUUUAUCUGGAAGGAUGAACUACACCUUGAAACUAGAUGCCAAACGACAAAACUUCCGUGCUUAUUUUUCUCCUAAAAACCGUGUUAAAAAUGACAUGAUGGUGGUGGGUGAAUCGAAUCGUUGCCAGACACUUAGUUUUUUUGUAGAGCCUUGCCCAGAGGAUGUUGUAAAUCCAUUGUCUAAUGAAAUAACAUUCAGCUUUGAGGGCCAACAGAGCGCUGCCAUGCAGGGCCUGCGACCUGUCCUUCUCCCUGACACAAAAAUGAGCAUAUCUGAAGAUUUAAAUUUUGAGAUAAACUGUGGACCUGAUAAGACCUGCAUCGACAACCUCAAAAUGGACUUCAAUUUCUCUGGGUCCUCAAACAUUGAAGUGGGCAUAGCACAAGAGCUGAAUUUGACAGUCUCUGUAGAGAAUUUGGGGGAAAACUCUUACAACAGUCAUGUCAUCCUCACAUACCCCCCAGGCUUCUCUUACAGGAAGUUCACUACUCACCAGAGCCGAGUGGAGUGCAGUUCUGUUGAUAGUGAAGAUGUAAUGAAGCCAGGGAAGACCACAUGUUACAUUAGCAAGCCCAUCUUCCGAGCCAAUGCAAAGGCUGUCUUUGAAAUUACAUAUGGUAUCGAUAUGAACGGUGACUUUAAUCGAAAUGUGGUCUUCAAAGCAGAUGCUGCCAGCAAUAAUGAGAAGCACACCGGUAAUGACUGGUCCAAAACAAAAGAGAUUGGAGUUAAAUAUGGCAUCAAUGUUGUGGUAAGAAGAUCAGAGGAUUCCACAGGCUACAUCAACUUCACAUCUGGGAAGAGCAAUCUAGAGAAACCAGUGCUGCAGGGCUUUGAGGUGGAGAAUUACCUGAGAGAGGUCAACUUUAGUGUUAUUAUUCGAGUACCAGAAAAACUUGGAGAAAAGAACAUCUGGACGGAUAUGUCAAAAAUGGAGAUUAAAGGUUGCAGUCAAACAAGUACGGAAAAACCAACAAACAACGAUUUUGUGGAAACGCUAAGAAAAAUACCUGCUGUUAACUGUUCUGUGGCUUUGUGUAGGGUGUUCAAGUGUAAUCUGCAUCUGGUCAGGAAUUCCAAUGCUGUUUACAAUAUCUCUGGGAACAUAAGCUCUGGAUGGAUCGAGCAGAUUGGACUCAGAACAGUUACUUUUGAUUUGGUCAGCUCAGCAACUCUGGAGUAUGACCUAAACAAAUACAUUUUCUUUUCCUCAUCAUCACUUAACAAGCCACCAGUCUCCAAGAUUGAAACUCAGGUGGAAGUGUAUGAGGAGGCCACCUUCACUAAGGAGAUAAUUGGAGGAGCAGUGGGGGGGCUCCUCUUAUUGCUGCUUGUGGCUGCUGGUCUGUAUAAGGCUGGAUUUUUCAAAAGUCAGUACAAAGAGAUGAUGGAAGCAGAGGGUGGAGCUGACACAGGGGGAGAGGCUUCUGCCCCUACAGAGUGA